GGGAAGGCGGCGGCGCGGGGAGGAGAGCCGAGGGGAGAGGAGACGGAGACGGGAAGGAGGAGACGGCGGAGAGGAAGGAGAGGAGACAGGCGAGCUUGGAUGAGGACCAUCGAUGAAGAGCAUGGCGAAUUCAGCAGCAGCUUCAAGGAGCUAUUGGCUCUUCAGUGCCGCCUAGAGAUUGGAACAUAACUUAAUACCAUUAUGUGCGUUAAGCUGAAAUGUACAAACCGUGAACUACUAAGCAAUCAUAUACAUUUUUAACAUUACUCUUUUAACGAACGGCCGAAGCGUGACAUCUAAUGCAGAUAAACUCGUGCUAAGCGACAGGUGGCGUGUGCCAUGGAAUGUUUUUUACUCGUCGGCAAAACAGGAAAACGCCCGGUUAAUAAGUGCAGGUGAGAACCCUCGAUAUAUAUGAAAGUACAAGCUGUUGAGUGAUACCAGCUGUCAGUCGAGGAGGUGGCACACCGCCCAGAUACUGAAUGUCAAAGAGCACGCGCGCCUCCCAGCGUCUCUCUGCAGUGAAGAAUUUCCGCCGAGUUUCUUCUACAAGAGCUGAAAGUCAUGAAGCUCAAGCAGCGCGUGGCUUUGCUGGCCAUCCUGCUGGUGGCCUUUAUCCUCACGAAGCUCUUCAUACUGGAGAGCUCCGAUCCCUCUGCCGACUUCCCCUGGGCCAACCCUCAAGACCUGCAAAGCUUCCGCCGCUUCCUGCAGAGAGGGGCGGCUGUGGACAUGCACGCCACCCUGCCCAGCCCGCUGCACUCGCCAUGGGAGGUGGCCUCACAAUGGGUGCUUCCCAGGGAAGUCUAUCCAGAGCUGGUUCCAGAGCUGGGAGCCGUACUUCGUGCCAUGUCGACGCAGCGCAUCGUGAAAGCCGACAUCGGAUAUCGGGGAACGCAGCUGAAGGCCUUGUUUUUGCUUGAGGGAGGGCAGAAGGUGGUCUUCAAACCCAAGAGGUACAGCCGGAACUAUAUUGUGGAAGGAGAACCGUAUGCAGGCUAUGACCGGCACAACGCUGAAGUGGCAGCGUUUCACCUGGACAGGAUCCUAGGGUUCCGCCGUGCGCCGCUCGUCGUGGGCCGCCACGUGAACCUGCACUCCGAGCUGAGGGCCGUGGCCACCGAGCAGCUGCUCGCCACCUUCCUGGUGCAAGGAAACAACACGUGCUUUUACGGGAAGUGCUAUUACUGCCGCGAGUCGGAGCCGGCGUGUGCCGAUGGUGAGCUGAUGGAAGGCUCCGUGACAUUGUGGCUGCCCGAGUCCUGGCCCCUGCAGAAGCACCGCCACCCGUGGGGGCGCACCUACCGGGAGGGCAAACUGGCCAGGUGGGAGUACGACAACAACUACUGCGAGGCGGUGAAGAAGACGCCACCGUACGACACGGGCCCGCGGCUCCUGGAUGUGGUGGACACCGCCAUCUUCGACUUCCUCAUGGGGAACGCGGACAGGCACCACUAUGAGAGCUUCCAGGAUGAUGGCGGUGCCAGCAUGGUCAUCUUACUGGACAAUGCCAAGAGUUUUGGAAACCCUGAUCUUGAUGAAAGAAGUAUUCUUGCCCCGCUUUAUCAAUGUUGCAUAGUGCGGCUGUCGACGUGGAACCGGCUGAACCUGCUGAGAAAGGGCCUGCUGGGAACCCUCAUGGCGAAGGUGCUGGCCGAGGACCCCAUUGCCCCCGUGCUGCACGAGGCCCACCUGCGCGCCAUGGAUCGCCGGCUGCUGCUGGUGCUGGAGACUGUGCAACAGUGCGUGGACUCGGGGAACUCCGAUGCUGUGCUGCUGGAAGACCGCAUGUUGUUCUCGCAGUAGCGCCCCACCGCCCGCCUGCUCGCUGCGACAUGCAUAUGUGGUGCGACCACGAUCCGGAAGUGACGGCAGACGAGUGAUGCGGACUCGCAUCUCAACUCGAGUGUAAGGUGUUGGGGCAAACGUCAAACUUGAACGCCACCAGCCAAUAUCAGGGGACGCUUGUUGAAUGAUCGCAUGUGACAAGAUACGUUUAUUGAUAAUUGCGUGUGUUCCAGUGAAAAAAACACGCAGGUGGCUUUGUUGCAUCUCCAAUAGCUGCUGUAAAAGGGGAGUGGCAUUAUUGCAAACUCUGCUUUAAGGUUGAAGAGGACCAUAGACUGUACUGACGACAAUCUUUUUGUGUAACCAUUCCCACAACGUUAAUAAAAUAACGUCGAGAUUUAUAGCAGAAGUGCAUAUGUAAUGGAGCUAUCUGACAUCCACCAAUUAAAUAUAAGUUAUAGUUCACAAGGUCAUAGAAUGCUCAGAUUUAAAUCAUGUUUUUAAAAAGUAGACACGAGGUAAUAAAACGCAGAUAUUAAUUCCACCUUCGAGGAUGCAGGAUAAUAGCUCGCUGCCAGUAUUAAAAUCAUCAUGGGCUGCUCAAGGCAACUUGUCCCGCCCCAUGAAAAGGAUUACACACAUGGGAGCUUUAUGUUUAACCAGGAAUAAAAAUCUUGCAGAUAUUUAAACACGUCUUUAUUUAACAAGAACUCCGUUAUAAACUGUGCACGACUGAUGUUCCCCCACUUUCGUACACACCCGCAUUUAAAAACAGGAAGUAGUUAACCAUUUCCUGGAUACAAAUUCGAAUUUAUCUGUAUUGUGAUGUGCCUUCUAUGGUAAAUACAGUAGCUAAAAUUAUCAAUCGGAAUGUGAACAAGUGUGACUAUCACACACCACUUACGCCGAGGUAUUUGUUCGUAUGGCAAGAUUGUAUCUUGGCACCUUGGAAAUAUAUGAUUAACAUUGCCCUUGUUUAAGGCUCAGGAAGUUUAUUUUAUGGCAUAUGGGAGGAAGCCAAAUUACCUGGAGUAAACCCACACAUACGAGGGGAUAAAACUCAAAGCUUCACACAGAUGGAUUUAGUCUACUUGAUGUACUGCUAUCUCCUGGCCACCUCGCAGCCCAAUAGCCUUGGCGAGCCUGGCAAAUUUUGUGUGAUCCACUCCUGCCUCCCCUCCAAAAUGCCGGAUUUCAAGCUCACACUAUCGCAUCCAGCUAGUUUGUAAUUGAUUGUGCUUGUAAUAAGAGAGACAGCACCUGUUGCAUUCUCUGGUUAAAUAAUUGAAACCACAAAAUCAUCACUCCAACGACAAGAAAUUUGAGUUGGCCUGUAAAGGGAAUGAAGUGCCCUGCUUAAUUCCUGUUUGGUAGAAGCGUACAUAUAAUGCUGUAUGAAUUAUGGUUUAUUUAUAAUGCUCUACAUAUGAAGUACAUUAAUUUCUCGCCAAUUGCGGGGGUUAGGUUCCUAAAAACCACAAUGGUUGGAAAAACCGUGGUUGACAAGACUAAAGGCUUAUGAAAAAUAGAGGGUUACGUUCCGCGGCCGCGGUUAACACUCAUCGCAGCCUAACUAUGCAUCCAAUGCAUUCAGUCAACGUGAAAAAUAUAUAUUGUACUGUAUGAACAAAAAUAACUUGAAUAAUAGUGAUCAAAAAUACGUUUAAUUACCUUUAAUAUUGAUAUUGUAGUGAAGUCCAGAUAACAACGACACUGACGACGAUGAUGUUAAUGGAGGAGGGGGUUAUAGGGAUGCGGGACUUCCCCUCCUCAGAACUUGUUUAUAUAAAGACAAACCACUUGCCUUGCCCUCUUCACAUUACGCUUCACCUUCACCAGCUCGACACUUAGGGGCCAUAAUUAAGGGCAAAAAUUAGUGGCAUUAACAGUAAUUAUGGUAGACUUUCAUGAAGCAUAAAUGACAGCACUGCUACGCUUGAAGAUACUGCUGCACAACAUUGAACGAGGCAGACAAGUACUGUACGCGGGCAAGAGUGGUGGGUACACGCGCGCUUUACGCGCCACUGGUGGUGGAUUGCUUGAAUACGGCUGGAGAUUUGAAAUUGUGGGUAGCGAAAACCAAACCGUGGUUAAGCAAAACUAUACCGUGGUUGGCAAAACAGUAUACGGAAUAUGUGUGGAUCCUGGAAAUCGCGGUUGGCAAAACCGUUGUCAAGGGAUUGCUGUACCUAUAACGCUGUACGGUCGUAAUUUGUCCAUCAAAACAUGAGUAGUCUGAGUGCCACAGAUUUUGUGCCAUAGCUUGUAAAUACAUGGUGAGGACUUUUUAACAACGUACAAAGUCGACUACGUAAUGCACUUUAUGCUUUGAAGUGCAGAGUUUAUUUUUGCCGAUGCUGCAAAAUGAUUGCAGUGUCACAUACAGUACUCGUGUACUUGUUGAAGUGUAGAUAUCUAGGGAAUGCAAAUGCAUGUUUAAAUUCUGUACAUAUUCCAGCUAGGUUUUGUGCCAUUCAGAGUUUUACUCCUUUACAGUGUGGUUCGAGUAAAUUUCAGAUUUCCGUUGGAACUUUUUGUACGGGAAAACAUUUCUCUGUUGAUUGGGUAUCUUUCAAUUGUGCCGGUGGGCAGUGUAUUUGGAGCGUUUUUUUCCAUGGUGGUAUUUUUUAAUUGAUGGCUGUAUAUUGCGUUAGACGAUUGAAAGCACGUUGCUCGAACAAGGUCAAAACAGCGUAUGUGAAUAUGCAAGAGCUCAUGGGAAUGCACUGUAUUCACAUGUAGAUGUAAGAAUGUAUUGGUUUCUGAAACAAAGUUUUAUCAAUCUUGAUUUGAAGCUUUCGUGACUGCAGGAAACCAUACUCUUUGGUUGUUUCGGUGAAGUCACGUAGGUAGAAAAAUAAUAAAUCACGACGUUUCGAUCGCCACAAGCAACCGUCUUCAGGUGGGAGUGAGCAACAGGCUGCUGAAACAAGUCCUUAUAUAUAGAGCCGGGAGGGGGGGGGUUGCCGCAACGGGCAAGAGGGUGGGGGCUGGAGCUUGUGCUGAGGAGGUGGUCAUUGUAUUGUGAGAGAUUAGCAUGUCAAUGUGUAUUGACGGUAUAUCACCCACUAGGGGCAUAGAGCGCUGAACAGGGUGAAGGAAAGGCAGUGCUGAACAGGGUGAAGGAAAGGGGCGUAGAUUGAGAGUCGAGUGUAAUGACGGUAUAUCAGCCACUAGGGGGAUAGAGUGCGCAUCAGGAAACGCACAGAGACACACACAGAGACAGAGAUACACAGGGAUACACAUAGAGAGAGACACCUAGAGAGACACAGACACUCGCAGAGACACGCAGACACAGAGGGACACACCGAGAGAGAGAGACAGAAAGACACACCCACACACGGAGAGAGACGCACUAAGUGACACACCAAGAGGGAGGCACACAUACACACAGACACAAAGAGACACACGGGGAGAGAGACACACAAACCGAGAGACACAGAGAGAGAAACACAAAAACAUUACAGCCAGUUAUAGUCUGCUAAGAAACGAGAGCCACCGCCAGAUCAAGCGAAAGGGGGCUUUGUUAGUGAGACAUUUAGUCCGUUAAAGUAAAGAAAUUUAACUUGGUAAUGUAACUCAAGAGAGUCGGGAAAAACUGCUGACAAUGGCAGGUAGGAUGGAAACAUCAACAAGCAGUUAAGGCUUUACCUGGUUAAUAACGUCCUUCCAAUGAUUGCUCAAUGUGUACCCAUCUCGGUUGAAGCUAUGUCUGUGUUUUUAUCUGGAUGGCUUCAUGGACAAAUCUUUGAUGGUAGCCCGAAGGUUUGCAGAGUACCUUGGUCUUGGAAAAAACAAUGUGUGAGCCCACCGCGUUCAAGCAAUGAUCAGCCACGGCAGAGGUAUUGGUUCUGCCAUGUUUCAAAUCUGCCUUGUGUUUGCGAACACGGUCCAAGACAUGUCGUUUCGUUUCCCCAAUGUAACUGCUACCGCAGACACAACUUAGUUUGUAGAUACCAGGAUAUUGCAUGUCAGGAAUCACAUCUUUGACAGUUGGGAUCAGGUCACAGAUUGUGUACUGUGUAGAAUCGAACCUGGAUCUUGUGUUCAAGAUUUUGGAAAUCUUUUUGGUAACCAUUGCUAUGUAUGGCAAGGUGAUGGUUUUCAUUGGGUCCUCAGAUGGUUCUCUACCGCCGAUUGGGUGAUUGGACCUCCCGAGCUAGCACCCUCUCGGAGAGACAUGACUAAAGCGCUGGCUCACUGCCGCAUGGGUUUACUCCACACACGCCCACGUACAACACCAUUAAUGCGAAAGCGGCUGCGCAAACGCGCAUGCCCCUACUGGCACUUGUAUUCUAAUACGCGCCCGCACCACGACUAGCACUAUAGCGGCAGCGCGAACGCGAGCGCUUCUGUGGGCAGUUUAUAUACUAACCCACGCACACACUAACGCUAUAGCGGCAGCGCGAACGUGCGCGCUUCUGCUGACGUUUAUAUUCUAACACGCGCACGUCCCACAGUUAACACUACAGCAGCAGCGCAAACGUGCUCACCUGCAAGCGAUUAUUUCAACGAGCGCUCGUGAUGCAGCUCUGCCCUCACCCUCGCCGCACGUCCGCCCACGCAGCCGCUCCACAUAAAGACGUGUUAAAUGGCUGCGCGAAUACGCGUGCCGGUGGGUGGUUAUUCGCUACCCCUCACCUGCGCUAAGACUCACUCUAAAUCGGCUGCGCGAACACGCGCACUCGAGUCACAAACACUGCGCCGAAGCUCUGUGCUAUCGCCUUGCCUAUUGCUGUCUCGUAGCGGCACUCGCUGGCAUCUCAUGGACGCUGCGAGCGGCUCGAAGAGGCAGGCUGGCUGGCAGGGAGUUGGUCUGGGUCACCAAGUGGCUGGAGAUCAGUAGACCCUUCACCGUUUUUGGCUCCCCUUUUUAUGCCGUGAUUUCGAAAAUCCAGGGUUACGUUACAUCAUCCGACACAGCCAAUUGUGUGCCUCCAUUUAGAUUUUCAAACGUUUUGCUGCCGUUACCGUGAGCAUUACGUUACGCUAUUUUCCGGCCCAUGGUUUCUGCGCCCGCAUUCCUUACCCCUGACUCAGCCGGUUUAAUCCACGGGUGUGCACUGGGAUUUCCCUCUGACCUCAUCGUCUGCGCUGUUCACUUAAUAUUUCACCCUGGCUCCUCCCCGGUGCUGUGACUCAUUGUGGCUAGCCCGGUGAGCUUCUGUGCACCCAUACAAUUUUAAGCCAAUUUAGGGGGGCCGCAAUGUAAUUUGCCCUGGGGGGUCGGCCAAUCUGGCAGCGGGAAACCGUGGGACUUCCCACCUAGGGGCUCUUCGGAUGAAAACCCGUGGGGUCAGGAGAUCCCCCGCCAGGACACUACGUGUGUGUGCACGGCAUGUGUGUGUUCAGGGUGGGGGUAGGGGGGGAGUCGCGGCGUUUGCGGAGUGGCUCUGUGGUCGUGGCACCACACAGCCCCCCAAAAUAAAAAUAAAAAAACAUUCUCCGUUGUGGAGAAAAACUACAUUUGGAUUUGCACUAGUCAUCUUUGUAAUGGCGACGUUUUAUAUUUAACGUGUGUGCAAAGUCGGCCGAGGUCAACUUUUCUGUGGAUAGACCCUUGAAGGAUUUUUUAAAACAUAUUUCUCUCGUGUCGUUCCUCAGUGUGACGUUUGUUACUUUGUCAUUAACCUGUAGGAUAAUUUGACAUUGGUGAAAGAACAAGUCACGGCACAAAAUGUUAUACUGGACUUAAAAUAUAUUGCAGUCUUGCAAAGGAGAGUGCUUGAACUUAACUUGGCCUGUAAUGUGAUGACUGAAUACACAAUUUCCAUGUUUUAUUUAA